AAUGGCAUCGAUAUCGGCUCCCGAAUUCAAAGUAAUACUAUGCGGCGAAUACGGCGUCGGCAAGACAUCGCUGUUCAGACGUUUCGCUACCAAUAGCUAUCUGGAAACGGCUACGAUGUCGGCGGCCAAAUCACGCCAAUCGACACUCGGCUUGGAUCACCUGUCCCGGCCGUUUGAGUCGACCACCGGUAACAGGUCGCUGAAACUGCAACUGUGGGACACCGGCGGUCUGGAACGGGUGGCCAGUAUUACCAAUUCGUACUAUAAGUUUGCCGAAGCAGCCCUACUGGUCUAUUCGCUGGAUUCGUUGGAUUCGUUUCAUUGUCUGUCACAACAUUUACUGGAAAUAUUGAGUUUAGCCGAAAAUGCAAAGAUAUUUCUUGUCGGCAACAAAUCGGAUUUGUGUCCGCACGAAGUUCAACAACAAGAUAUCGACCAAUUUGUCGAACAGUUUCCGAAAUUUGACGGCCAUUUCAAGGUUAGCUGCAAAACGGCCGACGGUUUGCCUGAAAUGUGGUCGCAAGUUGUCGACCAGUUGGCUGCCGGUAGUUCGCUGUCGGCCAAGACAUCGAUGGACGCGGCCUUUAAAUUGCAUCAGAAACAGCUGUUGGACGGCGGGUAUCAACAGUCGUCGUCGUUGUCCUCAUCGGCCGCGUGUUGUGGUGGCGGCGGCGGAUCAUCGUCGGCGGCCAACACAUCUUAGCCGUUGCCGACGGGACCGAUGUUUUGAUCGUUUUAUUUUUGUCAACAAUUUUAAUAGAGAUUUUUAUAUACAGUAUAUGUAUAUAUA